AUGUCGUCUAUGCCAACGCAAGAAAUCAAAUCGCAACGAGAAUUAGGUGUCAUAGGAAAAUUAUGUUCGACAUAUGGUUUCGUUUAUUGUUUUCAUCGAGAUGGACGAUAUUUUUUUCACUUCAGUGAAUAUAAAAAUGAUAUUCAACAAGCAAAAAUUGGCGAUAUUAUCGAGUUUGAAGCAACUUAUGAUAAAAUGAAUAAUAAACCAAUUGCUGUGAAUAUUGUUAAACUUUCCAGUACAGAAACCGUUGGAGAAAAUCGAGUUGAAGGAACGAUUGCUGUUGUUUCAAGAUUAUCAUCUACAACACAUCAAAAUGGACGAAAUUAUGAUACCUCAAUUAAUAUACCCGAUGGUCGUAUUACCUACGUGCAAAAAGGCGAAACAUUUUAUAUUCCAUACGGUUUGAAUGACCUACAAGAUUCAAAUUUAGUACUGAAAGUUGGAGAUAAAAUUUCAUUUAACGUUGCACAAGAUCGUCGAAAUAAUCAAUUUUUUGCACGAAAUAUUAGUUUAGUUGAAAGUUUAGUACCUAAAAAAUAUCGUGGUGUUGUAUCGACGAUGAAAGAUUCAUUUGGUUUUAUUGAACGUGAAGAUGCAUUAAAAGAAACAUUCUUUCAUAUAUCUGAAGUGAUCGAAAAUGGCAAUAUGAUCCAUCCGGGUGUUGAUGUUGAAUUUGAAAUUCAAGAUAGACUUAAUAAAGAAGUUGCUAGUAAUAUAACUCUAUUACCGAAAGGAUCCGUCGUAUUCGAUGAUAUUGAUAAAUCGUUUCAAAUUGGACGCAUUACCCAACCACUCACAAAACCUAAAAAAGCCGAUGAAGUAGCAACUGGACGACUUUUAUACGAUCAUAUCGAUACAAAACUCGUCGAAUUAUCCUUUGGUGAACGUGAUCGUGUUGGUCAAUAUACAUUACUCGAGAAUGAUAUUGUUCAAUUUCAUAUUGCCACAGAUAAACGAGAUGGAAUGCAACGUGCAACAAAAAUACAAUUACUUGAUCAAAGUUUUCUAAAAUCUAAAGAAAAACGAGAAACUGGUAUUGUAACAAAACUUGAACAAACAACUGGCGGUGUUAUAAAAUGUACAAAUCGUGAUGAAACAGUAACAUUUCGAUUUAGUGAAGUAAUGAAGGACAGUUUUCAAAUUGCCGAAGGAGAUUUGUUGGAAUUUACCAUUGUACCAUCACUAAAUGACAAUGGCAGUAGUUCAGCUAUUCGAAUUAAAUUACGUACAAAAGAACUUUCAAAAAAUGGCAGUAUAACGGAGUCACAUUAUAUUGGUGUUGUCGAAAAAGAUGUUGGGGAUUUCAGACCGAUAAAUAAUCAAUCGGAAAAAAAUGGUCGUGUGACGCAAGAUAUAGUGACAACACCUAUUUCUGCCACAUUACCAUCGAUGCCUAAUGAUGAUUCAUCAUCUAAACAACAAGAACCCGGUAUAAUAUCAUAUGAAAAGGACGGAAAACAAUGUAUGGUACAAUUCUUUACAUCUGGUAUUAGUAAUCCGGUCACUUUAUAUUGUGGAGACAAGGUUGAAUUUAGUGUCAGUAAUAAUGUGACAUCGAAACAGUCAGUUGCAUCCAAUAUCAAAUUAACUGAGCGAAGUCGUGUUCGUGGAUGGAUAGCAAUAUUUCGAGAAAAUCGGGGAUUCAUCGAACAAAAGAGUGAUACAAAACCAAUUUUAUUUUUGACGAGUUCGAUUGCUAGUGAUCCAAGUCAAUUGGAUCUAGGAGAUGAAGUUGAAUUUAGUUUAAGAAAAUCAACUGGACGUCUAAUAGCAGAAAAUAUUCUUAAAGUCCCUUCAACUAUCAAUAAUUUUUACUCGACACUUCCAACACCAUAUCGUGGACGUGUUGUAUCACCUGUACGAAUGCUAAAUAAUGAAGAAUGUGAAGUAUUCGGUAAAAUUCAAAAAAUAACAGAUGACGGCAUACCAAGUGAAUUUUAUACCUACAGUAUAACUGGUGUUAAAAAUAAACGUGUCAUAUUACUUCCAAAUGAUCCGGUGACAUUUUUAAUUGGCGUAGGGCUGGAUUACAGUACAAGAGCGGUUAAUAUUGUUCUUGAGAAUGAAUUGCGAAAAGGAAAAGUCGAUACAGUUAAAGGACAGUAUGGAUUUAUUGAUUUUUCUAUUGAAGAAAAUAAAAAAAUAUUUUUUCAUAAUUCCGAAGUUGAUAGUGGCUUUGAUUUACGUCCAGGCGAUGAUGUUGAAUUUAUUGCCUAUUAUAAUCAAAAAAGUGGCAAACCAUGUGCUAGCAAAUUAAGACGGUUAAAUAAUCUUCAACGACCUGAACGUUUAAUAACAAAAUUAAAAACAAUGAAUAUUGAUGAAACCAAAAGAAAACGAUUGGUUAUUAUUCGACAACCUCGUAAUGCCGAUGAAAAAUCAAAAGGUUUUACAACAGCUAGAAUUGAACGAAGACCAGGCAUGUUAUUACAAGCCUAA